AUGUUCGGUGACGAAAGCGAUUACGGCUCAAGCUUCGAGGAGACUACGGUCGAUGUCAGUAUUGACGAGCGAGCCAAUGAGCUGGAUCAAGUAGCAGCCGGAUCAAGACCUCAGACGGUCACCCUUCAUCACAACCACAGCAGCCAGGACACUAAUUAUGGCUCGGAUGUUGACCCUGCAAUCGUGGAUCCGGAGGUCGUAGACAUCAGUGACGGUAACGAUGAGACUGACUACGGCUCUGACGAUGGCCUAGUCGUUGCCGAGCACGAGGUGAUCACGAUCAGCGACGACGAUAGCGAGAGCGAUUAUGGUUCCGAUAUAGACCAUGCCACAGCGGAGCAGCUCUAUGGCAUAGCGUCGAUCAGCCAACCGAGCUGCGCUUUACUUCAACUACCGCCCGAACUACGUGAUCUCUUCUAUGAGAAGGCAUUCGAGGAUUUCACUGCCGAGUGGACGACAGGCCAAUGGUUUAAGCCACCUGGAAUCCUGUUCUCGUGCAAGCAGAUCUUCAGUGAGGCUAUCAACAUAUUCUACAAUACGGCGACUUUCCAGACUUGCUCAUACAACAUGCUUGAACGCCGCCUGUUGCGGCUAAGGUAUCAGCAUCGCAGGCUAGUCAGCAAGAUACAGCUCGACAGUGCAAGUCAAGGCGUCUUGAGCAACGAAUCCACCCUGCGCAGCACAUUUGUAGCCCUUGUCGCACAUGGUGCUCUACACAAACCACACCAUAUCAAGUCAGCUCAGCAAGCGGAGGAUGAUGUGGCGAAGGUUCGCGCACUCUUGGGUAAGAAUCGUAAUCUGAGGGAAGUUCGAUUAGUCAAGCUUGAGGCGAGUGUCAAGGACCUGCAUGGCGGCAUUAUCUGGACGGAAGAUCCAACUUCUGUUCUCAUUCGAUUCGUGGCAGAGGAGAUCAAGCGGCAUGACGAGCUGUAA